UAGAGCAUCUGUGAAUAUGAAUGAUUUGGAUCAAAACGGUCCACAAACAUUUCCAUUUAAAUCUUUUGAAGAAUUUAUGGAAUUUGAUGAACGAAUGCCAAUUGAACAACUACUGUGUGCCGAAUUGAUUAAUAAAAUUUGGCCAUUAAUUAAAACAAAUAUGAGAAUAUCAACAUCAUUAUCCUCUAUACUUCAGAAACUUUUUACAGAAAGUUUAUGUAAUCACUUAAAUGACGCUGCAAUCACAAAAAUGUUUAUAGAGAGCAAUUUUUACUCGUGCGUGAUGGAAAUCAUGCGUUGCAAAUACGAAAGCAAUCCACAAUCUGAAUUUUACAAUGAUGAAGAGUUUGAAGAUAUAAAAAAUAUUUUUGUAGAAGCAAGUCGACGAUGGCUACACUUACCAGAAAAACAGACAAAAACAAAAAUUAUUAUUAAAUCUCUGAAUGAGUUGGCAGAUUUUGAGCAACGAUUAUUAAAGGAUAAAUCAUUUUAUGAUUCCAUUGCAUGUAAAUUAUGGGCACUGACAAAUCCAGAACAUGGACUGACUGAGAUAAUAUACAGCAUUUUAAACAAAUUCUUUGCAAGAGAAAUCUUGUUGCAAAUCUAUGCAAUAAAGCAAAUUUAUUCAACAAAUAUAUUAUUGGACACAGUAUUUUGUGCUUGUUUGUAUGAUGUUAUCCAGACUGAAUACAAAACCUUCAAUAGUUCAAAUCUGUUUGGAGAAUUAGAAUUCUAUGCGGCCUUAGAAAACGCCAUAAAUAUUAUUGCAAAUUAAUUAAGAAC